CGCGUUAAAAAUGCGCAAGUAUAUAAGCGCCAUCUAUUUGUCAUCCUAAAAAGAAUGUCCGUCAUUCUCUGUACGGAUAAAGUUAGUUCUUCUAUCGUUCGUAUACGUUUUGUAUAAAAAUUAUGAUGGCAAGCAAAGGAUGGAAGGUCGUACGACCUCAUGUGCCACUGAUAAAAUUUCGUAAAGGAGGUCUGGAUAGAGUAAACGUAGGUGCGAGCGCGGCUCCAUCUGCGGCGUCAGGGACGGCAUCAUCUCAACAAAAUUCUGGACGUACAACUGGACACCAGGUAACCGUUUUGCCAACUAUAGAUGAUAUUCAUCUACCAGCAAGAUUUCAGCGGCGACCUAUCGACGAAAAAGAAAUUGAGUAUAUUAAUCGUGGUGGACCGGAAUAAUCGCGUUUGAAAACUGAUUAGGAAAGCGUUUAAAUUUUAGAUCACCGUUCGAUGUUCAUUUUGUUAAGUUGACUUUUGUUUGAUAUACGGUAUUGUCUAAAUAAAUGAACGUAAUAGAAAAUUGAUGAAUCAUAAAAAAGGAUGUAAAAUUUCUCUCAGCCAUCUAUCGGACAAGGUCUCCUCACAAUACACAUUUAUGUGACAUUGCCAGGACCUGCUAUUUCUAGAAUAUCUUUCGCUUCAUUGCUGUACCGACUAAUGCUCGUUACUCAGCCGAAGCGAAAGUACCCACAAAAGCGUAUUUUGGCGUCUAAAUAUAUGUAAUUUAUUCACUAUAAUAAUCAAUAAAAUCAAUAAAAAUAAA